CUCCUACCUAGACUUAAGGCUUAGUUUUUCAUCAUCGAGUGGACUAGAAGCUUAACCAGUCUGGAGCAAAUAAGGGGGCUUAGUUAGCUCACGGUGGAAUCAUGCAGGUCAGUUGUAACGUGCAACAGGAUGUUGAAAAAGGCCUAGCAGGAGCUGUCUAAUAGACGCAAAUCGAAAGAUCAAGAUGUCUUCGCACCGGUGGGUGGCAGUACUCAAGACGGAUACCCACUGUAUCCACAGUGCGUCGACUUCGAACAGGUUGCUAGAGAAGUGCAACUGCCGACUGCAUUCAGCAACGCGGCUACACCCUUUGAAUUCCGAGACCCAAAAGUACACCUCCUAGGAAAACAUCACCAGAGUGCUUCUUCUUCCCCGUCAGGAGGACCGAGCAACAAACCAGGAUCAUUGUUUGAGAAUGAGGACGAUGCCUUCAACCACUAUCACACAACUGCAACUUCUGGUACAGGCGAUCCGCGUUUUGGCAGUAGAUCUUCUGGCGGUUAUGUCGAGCCUAUAUUUGAGAGCAGAGGGUCGGCAUCUGCGACUUUUAGUGAGGGAUCCAUUUUUCCAAAUGAG